AUGUUUAGAACACCUACCUUCACUAGACCCAUUGCAACGGCCGUCAAGUCAAUUCAAUCUCUCAGAAUGAUCACUGCACAAGCCGUCGUGUUUUCCGACCACGGCGAACCCGGAGAUGUUCUUUCCACCCACACCUACGAAAUCAACGAAGAAAACCUAGACGCCAACAGUAUUAUUAUCAAAACCCUUGCUUCGCCAAUCAACCCUUCCGAUUUAAACCAAGUGCAAGGUGUCUACCCAUCCCAACCCGAGAAGACCACCGCUUUGGGCACCGAGAAGCCACUGGCAGUUGGAGGAAACGAAGGUCUCUUCCAAAUCCUCAAGGUGGGAUCCAACGUGACCAAGUUCAAGGAGGGCGACUGGGCUGUGCCCACAUCUGUCAAUUUUGGCACAUGGAGAACACAUGCCGUGUGUGAUGCGGAGCAGAUGAUGAAGCUUCGCAACCCAGAACAGUCAUUGGCUGAUGGGAAAAAGCAGGGUCUUACUGUCAACCAGGGUGCCACCAUUUGUGUCAAUCCAUUGACUGCAUACUUGAUGUUGACGCACUACGUGAAGUUGACCUCUGGCAAGGAUUGGUUCAUCCAGAAUGGAGGCAACUCUGCCGUGGGCAAGUUUGCAACACAAAUCUCGCGCUUGUUGGGCAUCAAUUCGCUCUCUGUUAUCAGAGAUAGACCAAACUUCGAUGAGGUGGCAGAAAACUUGAAGAAGGAGUAUGGUGCCACUCAAGUGAUCACAGAGGAGCAGAAUAACUCUCGUGAUUUUAACGCGGAGGUGAAGAAGUGGGUCAAGGAGACUGGAGGCGAGAUCAAGUUGGGGCUCAACUGUGUGGGUGGAAAGUCCUCCACCGCUGUUGCUCGUAAGUUGGGCCAGAACGGGUUGAUGUUGACCUACGGUGGCAUGUCAUUCCAGCCAGUGAUUUUGCCAACUUCGUUGCAUAUCUUCAAGAAUGUCACCAGUGCUGGAUUCUGGGUCACGGCUCUUUUGAAAAAUGAUCUCGAAUUGAAGCAAAAGACCAUGGACAAGAUUGUAGAGUGGUAUGAGGAGGGUCAACUCAAGGAUGCAGCUUCUGUUGAGACCAAGUUUGAUGGUUCCGACUUGGCUAAGUUCUACAAAGAAGCUAUCUCUAACAGUAAAGAGGGUAAGCAGCUCAUCACAUAUUAG